AUGUCGCAGGCAACGUUUAUUGCCUUCGAUGCCCGGGAGGACAAGAGCGGUACCGAGCAGGCCUUGAAGACGCUGGCCAAGGCGCUGUCCCAGGACCCGGUGACCACUUGGUUGGCGGGGAAGAGCGAUGCCGAGGCAUUCAUGGGGAGCCUGCUGGAGAUGCUCCUCACCUGCCACCCCUCCACCCGCUUCUAUGUGACGCCCGACUUCACGGCCGCGGCCAUGACCAGCGACAGCCAGCAGCCUGAGUUCGAGGCCGAUGCCGAUGCCAUGGCGGCAACCAUGGUACAUGUCCCUCCCGAGCGCGCUGGGGAUAUGGAGACCCUGUUCCCCUCCCUCGACGUCCAGAAAGACGUCUACGUCAAGGACCACGGGCAUGUCGUGCACAUCCACAUGAUAGGCGUCCGCGUGCAGGGCCAGGGGAUGGGUGCCCAGCUCAUCCAGCACAUCAAGGACCGGGCUGCCAAGGCCGGGCGGGGCGUGUACCUGGAGGCAUCCUCCGCCGCCUCCACCCGCUUCUACUCGCGGCACGGCUUCCAGCAUGUGAGGGAGCACAGGCUCCACGAGGCGGCCCCGAUCCUCAACCUCAUGGCCUACCACCCCGAGGUUUGA